AUGUCAGACCUGCUGCCGUUGCCUCAGCCCAUCGUUGUGGUGGUGCCACUGGUGUUCGAGGCUCGCUGGAACAACACCUACUACGACAGCAAUGACGGCUACGGCAGCUAUGUCGACUACAGCAACUAUGGCGGCUACAGCUACGGUGAGUACUGCGACUAUGCCAGCUACAACUACGGCGGCUACGGCGGCUACGGCGGCUGCGGUUACUACAGCACGACAACUUCUACUGAAUUCCCAGGCCAUGCCAUCUGCAGCGUACAGAGCGCUGGGCAGGGCCCACAAAGACCUCGAGAGCACCCACAAGGAGGCCCAACAGCUUUGUCUUUGGCCCUUCCGCCACGGUGGAGGUGA